AUGGCUAGAUUGGAACUGAAGAGACCAGUGCAUUUGGCAAGUGCUCGAUUCCUGUCCUGGCCUUCAGCUGAUUCUAAUAUCCAAAGCACAAACCUGCUAAAGCUUGUUUACGUGUCAAAAUCGGAUACCCUUUUGAUUCCUGACAAUCAUGUUCAUUUGGAAGUGUGCCGCUCCCAUGGAGUCCCACUACUGAUAAAUGACCGUGUUGAUGUUGUUGCCCUUGCCUGUGAUGCGGAUGGGGUUCAUGUAGGCCAGUCUGAUAUGCCCGUCAGGGUGGUCCGAGCACUUCUAGGGCCUGAUAAGAUCAUCGACGUGUCAUGCCAGACCCCUGAGCAGGCUCAUAGAGCAUGGACCGAUGGGACUGACUAUAUUGGCUGCGGCGGAGUAUAUCCAACCAAUACCAAGGCGAAUAACAGAACUAUCGAGUUGGAUGGACUGAAAGCUGUCUGCUCGGCCUCCAAGCUACCAGUCGUUGCCAUUAGUGGCAUUGGGCCUUCAAAUGCAGGGGCUGUGAUGGAGACUGGGGCUCCGAAUCUUAAGGGUGUUGCUGUCGUCUCAGCCCUUUUUGACCGGGAAUGUAUAGUGGAAGAGGCAAGAAAGCUCUGUGCCACGCUUGAGAAAGGCAAAACAUCUAAUUCAUAG